AUGUUCUUGUAAAUAAGCUGUGAUUUUUCCGUCCUCACAAUUUACUUCAGGUUGUCUCAGCUUAGGAAUUAUUGAACUGUAUAUCACCGAGGACCCCUCGUGUCAUUAUCCGUUUCAAUUAAUGUCAAUGAGCUUCGAAGGCGUUUCUAAAUGUUUACUGUACUAUAAACAUUUAGAAACGCCUUCUCAUGUCGUUGUCGCAGUUGGCCUUUGAGUCGCAGAUAAUUCUCUGAGGAGUUCUUUCUGAAGAUAUUUUGUUAUUGUGGAUUGCCUUUGGGAGAACACAACAGACUCGGCUCUAUUACCUGCGAUCCACUUGGAUUAUGAUCAUGAUUCCAAAGUUCUUAUUUUGAAAAUUUGUUGUUACCUUUGCUGUAUAUAUUGUAUACUAAAUGGUCGAUAGUUUUUUUUUUAUCGCUAGACUGUUGUUAUAGAGGUUUCUUACACUAAAUUAUCCAAUCUGUAGACAGGAUGCUAGCUGGCUUUCACUGUAAGACUAGUCUGUAACAGGGGUUACUUACACCAACUGACCACUCUAGUCACACGAAAGCCCUUAAUAACUUGGUUCAAUUUCAUUGAAAUCGUUGUAUGUGUCCUAUUUAUAUGAUAAGCUGAACUAUGUGUGCAUUUACAUGGGUUCCUACUCAUGAUCUAUUGCUUUUUGUUCAUAUAAAAGAAAUAGAUUCCAUGUUUUGGUAGGUCUGUACAGUGACGGAUCAGAGCUGAAGAUUAUCAAUGACACUUGCCUAUGCCUAGUGUGCCCCUUUUUGUUCUUACCAUGUUUUGGUGUGAUCUGUAGUCUGUUACCAAACAGGUGCACUGCAACAUGAAUUCUAUUUGUUAAAAUUCAUUUCUGUAAUCCAGCUGAUUUUAGUGGCUGCAAAGUGAAUUGAAAAGUGCUCAAUGGGACAUACUUUUUUUAGGCAAUCCACAUAAUAAGACUUGUGGAUGCUUUUGAUGUUCAGAGGUUACUGGUAGCUGAUGUUGUAAUUUGCCUUUGAGAUUUUUCACUUUGGUUAGUGUGAAGAAUUCUGGAUUGACUGAUCUUGGCUGAAGAGCCCUAUUCAGUAGUGUUAUUAGGCUUAGAGGCCUUAUUCAAGUUCACAAGGAUUGCAUUCUUUAAUUCUUUAAACCCUAAGAGUGACCAACAUCUAAUUUCUAACAGUAAGACUGCUAAAUCAUUUAUUAAGAUCAUGAUGAUAUAGCCAAUGAUUCCCAACCCAAGAAGUGUUGAUUGUUAUACAAAUUCUCCUUAUCAGUACUAAGGGAAAUAUACAAAGAAGAGUGUGAAGAACAUGGAUACUGAUGUAAGGGUAUAGUAGUUUAAUGACACAUAGUAAGGUCAGAACACUCAGGGUAGCAAAUCACUUGGUGUGAUGUCUGUUGCUGGAAUGAAAAUAUUUUGAAUUGAAAUUGGUUUGAAUUUUUGCUAUGGCUGCAAUUUUGAAUAAAAGGACUUGUUUUCAGAGCAAUGCAUGAGGACACGCAUGUUGCUUUGUUGCAGAGAACUGUAGCAGGGACUUGUUACUGAGUGUGUCUUAAUCAACACUCUUUCAGUGCUACUCUUUACCCAAAGUCAAAAUGAAGCAUGGUAAGCUCUUUUACAGGGUUAGCGGUCAUGGUGAUAUACGCUUUGUGUAUCACAUAGCUAACCUAGUAUAAAUGUUAAUAUUGUUUGAACAACUUAGCCUGAUACACAAAUGGGGCUGCACUUACUAACAAAAUAUGGGUGAAACCACAAGAUACCCAUUAAGGGUACAACCUGUGAUAGACUUAUCUCAUUUGUGCAAGAAGUAAUAAUGGGUGGGGGGGGGGGGAGGGCUACUUGGGUCUAUUUUUGCUGGGUAUGUGCCACUGGUCUCUCAAAACCCUUACCCCAUUAUUUGUUCAACUAUAGACCCCAUCAGUAGUCACAUUUGGUAAUUUGGUGACAAAAUUUAAUGGCAAUAAUAAUCCCUGCUUACCAGAAUUUUCUAACCCUCAAAAUGCCAAAAAUGUGUGACCCCAUACUAGCAACUCUAUUGUAAGAACAAUCCCAUUAUAGUCAAUCCACAUAGAAAAGUGACCUCACUCAGCGGCAUAUCCCUGCUGGUCUUAUUAGUAGUAAGUACCACCCCACCCCCUCUCCCGUGGAAGUCAGCCUGAAAAACCAUUAGGAAGCGUGGCUUUUCCUGUGAAAUCAUUGAACAAGUAGAAUAAAUCAAGCAUUCAGGUAAUUUGUUAAAAAAAAAAAGAAAAAAAAAGAAAAAAAAACUGUCAGAAGUGCAUACUUAUUAUUUCUCUUAAUUGUCAGAUGUAACACACUGAAGAGAGAGAAGCAGACAGAGCAGAGCCACCUUGUCUUCAAGAUGCAGCAGUCAGCGACUAAAAAGAAAGCGUAAGUGAAAUAUGUUUUUCAUUCUUGUCAGGUCAUUUUGGGAAAAAAAUUUAAAGAUACUAUUAAAUUCAUGUAAUUCUCCUUACUGUCUGUCAUACAAUUCUUAUGAUGUACAUGUAAGUUUGGAGAAUUUGGUAUUGGAUCAACUCUUAAUCCCCUGAUGCAUUUUUUACUUUAUUCUCAUCAACUGUCUGCUUGAUAUUGUACUGAUAUUGUAAGGAGAAGUUUUUUCAGCCACUCAUAGGAGUUGAAUGAUUAACAAGAUAACAAGAGUGUGAACACCUGAAAUAUCCCUAGAAUGUCAUGAAGUUGAUAUAAAUAAGUGGAUCAGAUGUGCCAUGAUCAAACUUUUAGUGGUAACAGUGAUUUGGUUUUAUGACUUUGGUGAUUGACUGUUGUCAUGAUCACCUUGAAGGCCCACAAUCGAUAAUGGUCAUUGCUUAAUGGAUUUUCUGAAUGUGUGUUUGUUUUGAUUGUGACAGUUUAAAUAAAACAAUGAGCGGUUUAUGUUCUUCCAAGGACAUAAAUAUGUUUGUGCCCUGCCACAGAUUCAUUUGAGCAAAAACUGCUAUGGGAGGUUUAAAUUGACUUGGGCUCAAAGAAAUAAAAAUAAUGAAAAGAAGUGACUAGAAAACAGUCUCAAUAAUCAAGCCAGCAGAAACAAAGUGAAUGAAUGGCUGACUCAUUUUAACUCUCUGAAUGCAUGAAUGAAUGAUAGAAUGAACAAAGAACUGAAUAAAAUUAAUGAAAUGAAAGUUGUAAAAAAUAUUGAAGAAAAACAAACUGAAGUAGAGGAUUUACUUUCCAUAAAAUUACUUUUUUUUUGGUGUUACUUUUGGCAGAGAUUUGAAAGUGAUCAUUCUUGGUGAUACUAGUGUUGGAAAAACCUCAUUGAUCCAAAGAUAUCUUAAUGGAGUCUUUACAGGAGAUACUAUCAGUGUAAGUGUUUUAUAAGAGCUUCAGAAAAUUAAUUGAAUUGUCUGAAAAUUACCUCUUUAAGACAAUAACAAGGUUGAACCUUGUACAAUACACAACUUUCACCUACCAACAUGUACCCUGAAGCUCAGUGUUAGUCAGAGAACCCACAAGGUAAUCUAAAGUUAGGCUGUGGAAUCCCUAUUGGUAACUGAAUCUUCCUCUUUUCCCCCAUACCCUUUAUUCCUAUUUUCAUAAUUUUAAUGCCUUUUUAAAAUUUUCUCUUUCUUGAGUAUAUUGCAUUGCUGCAUUGUUAAGUUUAUCCCAGACCUAUCACUCAGCAAACUACAACAGUGAGCACAUGAGGGGCUGACAGUUGGUCCAUGAAUGACCGAACACUGGUUGACAGACCACCAGGAAUAAGUUCUUUAAUCUUACCAACCCCUACUGGCUACAAGAAAUUUAUGGCCACAUAGACUAUAUGAUUACACCACAUGUAGGUUUAUAUGAGACAUUUAAUGCCUAAAAUUGUCAAAUUUUUUUUUGGCUGAAAUGCUUUAACUGUCAUGUCUCCCACAGACUAUUGGAGCAUCUUUCUUUCUAAAGCAGUGGGGACCAUAUAAUGUUGCCAUCUGGGUAAUGGUGUUUAUGUGUAUUCUAUAGAUUACUAAGCAAUUAUUCCAUGAGCACGCACUGGAUAUGGGAUGAUAGAUAGCCGCUGUAGAAUGCUGAGUUGGCCAUGAUCAUAUCAUAUCCUACUAGUGCAAGUGGAUUAAUUCUUUCAUCAAGAACGCCUCCAAACAUGGAUAAACCUUCCCAAUUUUAACAUUAACUCAUUUUCAUGUUAUAAUGGCUCAUAACACAUAUGGCUUGGCCAAUGAAAACUUUUGAAUUGCAUUAUCCAAUGAUCCAGUUUUGAAUAAAAGCAUUUACUGUGAAAUGAUUGUUAAUUAUCACUUUUAGAGCAAAUUUGAUAUAGACGUCGAAAAACCAAAACUAAAGCUAUCACAUGGCCAAUCAGGUUAAAAUCAUCAUCAGCCAAAGGGAACUCAAAGCGAAGAAAACCAAUCUACCAAAAGCGUGGGAAAACACAGGUGUUUGGUCACACGUGGCACUCGGUUUACUUCUGAUUGGUUGAAAGAAUACCACGAGUUUUGUAGAACAAUCACAGAGCGACGUUUAACAAAUUCAAGGUAAUCCCGGAUUACUUUUGAAACCCAAUAUCAAGCAGCCAUUCAUUAACUUGAAAAAGUUGUCAUCGUUGCCUUUCGACGUUAUCAGUGCUUCUGGUCGAGUCAUUAUUUUACGACUUUUUUAAGGUUUCCAGUACACAUAACAGGUGAUCAGGAUCAAAAUGGGAUCUCCUUUUUCCAACAGUACUCCAGUUUUGGAGAACUGGUGUGUAUUCCAUAAGGAAAACAACAAAAACAACUUUUGUUUACUGGAAAAAACUGUUAAAAGGUUGUACAUGGGGGGAGCGGAUGGAGGGGGAGGAGGCAACGGAUGGAGGGGGAGGGGGCAGCGGAUGGAGGGGGAGGGGGCAGCGGAUGCUCAGCAUAGAAGAUAAGAAAUAGGCAAAGAGUGCCUGUGGAAAGAUGUUUCAUCGAAAGUGUAGUCAGCAUACUUAAAAUAAUUUUUUCUUUUUCGUUUUAGGACACGGCAGGUGAAGAGAGAUACUCAGGCCUGUCUUCAUUUUACUGUCGGGGCGCUUCAGCAGCUAUUCUAGCUUAUGACAUUUCACAGGGCAAAUCUCUUCGCGCGCUAAGGGAGCGCUAUCUACAACUGCUGGACGCAUCCGAACCAAACUGUCUUGUAGUGGUAGUAGGCACAAAAAAAGAUAUUAUAACGAGCAGUUCUCGGGAAAUUCCAUCCUCCGCUGGCGAAAUAUUAGCUUUGGAACUAAAUGAAAAGAAGGGAAGACCUACCGGUAGUUUUAACGAGAAACCAUUCUUUGAAACGAGUGCAAAAUCUGGUGAAAACGUUCAGAAAGUUUUUGAUUUUAUAUUGAACACCUGUUUGCCUUUGAACGAUGAAGAAACUGCAAAGAGGUCAUUGCGACAAACGAUGGGCAUUGAUCUUGAAAAUAAGUUACAGACGCAAAACGAAAGUACGAAGAAAUGCUGCUGAGAAUAUCCAAAGCCACAAUCCUAACCUAGGUUUCGAACGAUUGGAAAUGUUAUUCAGGGAAUGGAAAAUAAUUACCGCGAUGAACUCUGCUUCUUAUACCACGAUCAACUGGUAACUUUUUGAUUGCGAGCAAUUUUUCUUAAAAUUUCUUUUCUUUUGAUUGAAUGAAAAGAGUCUACGGCAACUGGGACAUCGGUUGUUGCAGAAAAGAUCCUCUACGAAGUAGCCCUAUUUUGCAUAUGAUUUUAUCUAGAGACGGUUCUGCUUGGCAUAAGAUGGUGGUUGGUGUGGGCCUUUGCAGGCAGGCAGCAUGAUUGAGAGGGGCCUGUGUUUCCUAUCAUAAAGCGACGCCUCUUUCAGGUUAUACGUUAAAGUUCGUAACUUCUGCCCCCUUCACAAUAGCGAAACAUGUUUGGUUCAACAGGGUUUAACCAAGGAUAUAUGUAAACAGUUUACAUUCUCUUGGUUUAACAGAAUGAGAAUUCGCGAUAGAAAAUGGAAAACCGAAGUUUACAUUUGGUUCAAGUAACACUAACUUUUGUAAUUUGAGGUCGACAAACAUAAGUUCAAGCAACUUCUAUGAAGAAACCAAUAGAAAGCUGCAUUUGACAGAGCAGUUUAAAAACGUAUUUUUUAGCUUUGUUUUAGCUUUGGUGUUAACAGUAUAUGAGUUUACCCAGUCCUACUGCUUAAAUUCAUUCACCAAGACUUACUUGACCUGUGUACCUCGCACUACUGAUUUAGACUCGAGCCCGUAUCGGUCCGUGCUUCCAUCCUCUCCAUCGCAAGAAAGCGAAGAAAACUGAACAAAACAACGGACUGAAUUGACCUUUCAUGAUAAAUGGGACGGACACUGGUACACUAAAUUUUUUACGCAGAAUCUAAACAGAAUCUAACAUUUUUCUCGAGAAAAUCACGAAGUGACGCCCAAGUGGUCCAACGAAAAUAAAUCAAAUUGUAAAGAAGUAGAGUAA